AUGUCCAAUGUCCAGCCCGAACAUGACGCGAAGCGUCGACCCAAGCGAAACAGGGGAUGUAGAACCAAGCUGAAAACCGGUUGCGCAACUUGCAGGAUCAGGAGGGUCAAGUGUGACGAGGGUAGGCCGUUCUGCCAGAAAUGUAUCGGCACGGGUCGAACUUGCGAUGGCUACGACUCUCCUUUUCGCUUUUGCAACACUCAACCCGUCGAUAAGGCUCGUGCUGGCGGCGGCAAGUCACUGAUUGAAUCAAAAUCCAUCCGUGGCACCUUAACUGAGGUGCCUGUCCUGGACAUCGAUGACUUCACUCGCUACUUCUCCACCAAAACCCUGCUUGGUGCAAAACUGGACUGCGACGCUGAAGCCGAGCAGGUGCUCCAAGCCAGCUUGACUGAUCCGCAUGUACGAAACGCCGUACUGUCUCUCCUAGCUCUUCGAGAAGACCUCGAGAAUUUCCCGGACGGUCGAGCGUCCGUUGCCCAAAAGACAUCGAAUUACGACUACGGCGUCGGGCAGUACUGUCUGGCUUUGGCGGGUCUGGCGUCCAACUUGUCAUCUCCAGGAUCCAGCGAGGCAAAGUCUGCCUUAAUCUGUUGUCAAAUUUUUAUCAGCAUUGAGCAAGUACGCGGAAAUUACACCUCUCUGGCUCAGCAUAUCAUCCGUGGACUCGGGAUCAUGCACGAAUUGCGCGCAAGGCCAAGUUUGGGCGCUUUGAAUCAACUGCUUCCUGCACACCACGAACAACUACCCCUCCUGGACGUUUUCAUCAUCAAGCUGUUUUCUGCUCCCUGCAAAUUCAAAGAUCCCCCACCGGCACCCGACGCAAAAGGGACGACACCGUCUGAGUGUCCAAUUUCCGGUCUACGCACCGUUGCGCCCGACAUGCGCAAAGAGCUGAUAGGCAUCGCCGCGUUAACGCUGGAGUUCCUCGGCAAAGUGUCAUACGUCGAAUCGGUGGAUAGCGCUCUUCGACUGCUGUCCGACAAAGCAGAGCUACUGGACGCUUUGAAUGCGUGGCUUGCUGAUCUAGAACUCGUUCAGAAGAAGAUCGGGUCUUCGGGCCCAGAACUUCUUUCGGUCUCUUUCAUGCGCUUGUUCCAUGUCAUCCUGAACAUUGUUCUUUUGAGAACAUUAGACUAUUCACGAGAUAAUCAUGCCGAGCUGCUGACCGAGCACGAGCAACUGAAGGACGUGGCCAAUACGGUGGAAGAAGGCGUAAAGGCUUAUAGAACAUUCAGCUGA